AUGGAGUCCGAGCGGGGUGCGGUCUACUGCACGCUCCUGUUGAGCGACCACUACCUGCCUGGGGCUAUGGUCCUGGCGCAUUCUCUGCGCGACAAUGGCACAAGAGCGAGAUUGAUCGCCCUCUUUACACCAGACCGAUUACAGGCAGCCACCAUCAAUGAGCUACGGACCGUUUACGAUGAGCUGAUCCCGGUGAUAUCCGUGGUCAACGACACACCCGCCAAUCUAUGGCUCAUGGACCGACCGGACUUGAUCGCCACAUUCACGAAAAUCGAGCUGUGGCGUCUCACGCAGUUCGACCGCGUCGUCUAUAUCGAUUGCGACGUAGUCGCCCUGCGAGCUCCCGAUGAGCUCCUGUCCCUGGAGGCGGACUUUGCUGCCGCACCAGAUGUGGGCUGGCCGGACUGUUUCAAUAGCGGAGUCAUGGUGUUACGGCCGAACAUGCAGGAUUACUAUGCUCUGAAGGCACUCGCCACGCGAGGCAUCAGCUUCGAUGGCGCGGACCAGGGCCUCCUCAAUAUGCAUUUUCGGGACUGGCAUCGGCUCAGCUUUACUUACAAUUGUACCCCGAGUGCCAACUACCAGUACAUCCCGGCAUACAAGCAUUUCCAGAGCACGAUUUCUCUCAUCCAUUUCAUUGGCUCGCAGAAGCCGUGGAACUUGCCGAGGCAGGUUGUACCGCUGGAAUCCCCUUACAAUCAGCUCCUGGGCAUGUGGUGGGCGAUUUAUGACAAACACUACCGUCCGCCGUUCGUCUCUAUUUCCCAGCCUAGUAGCGGUCUCCCACCAUCUCAGCCUCAAGCCUCUCAAGACGUCUCCACCGCUGAAUAUAUUCAAACGGUAGCUCCUAGUCAUCCAGAGUGGACUGCUUCCACGAGGGAAACCCAGAAAGCUUUCCAGGAGGAGCAGUGGCCCACACGCCACCAUAUUGAAUAUGCUAAAGAGAGCGCUCCGGAUAGUUACUUCCAAGAGGCAAUUCAGUCCCAAGAGGAAGCACCCGCGUUCUUUUCGGUACAUCACCAGACUGAGCAUCCCCCUUGGAAUGACCACAUGGAACACCAUGUGGAGAGUCAUCAUGACCACCCUCCAGCACCUCCUGCUGCCACGGCCUCAUAUUCGGAAAUGCCUGUACUGAGUGCAGUACCCCAGUAUGUGCGCGGAGAAGAGCACGUGUCGACAUAUGUCCCGCCUGUGUCUUAUGCCCCGAUGCCGGUGUUUGAAGCUCAGCCUCCUGCGAGCCUACCAGAGCCUCCUCAAGAACAUCAUGGCCCACAGUCCGCGGGUUUCGAGAGCCACAUCCACGAGCCAAAAUCCGCAGCACCAGAACUCUCACCGAAAGUCACUGAAACAUAUCAGCCGCCUCCAUCAGAGCCGGAGCCAGAGAUUCCAUCCUUCGAAGCACCAAAGGCGGAAUGGGAUGCCUCACGUGAGCCACCACCCUUGAAUUCUAAGCCCGAGGGUAUUAGCUUGCAGCAAAAGACCUAUACAAUGUCAGAAGACAUCAAUUUGUUCCAACCACCCCCAGCAUACCCCGAAGCCCCGAAAAACAUGUACUACCAAGUCCCCACGACAAAACCAGAACCGGAAAAGCUUACCCAGGUCUUCCCCUGGGAGAGCCGCGCCGCCAAGCCCACGCGUGUAUUUGCUCACGAGCAGCCCGCUCCUUCCCACUCGUCACCCGAGCAGGUUGGGUCAAUUCAGCCGACCAGCUCAAGUCCUCCCUGGGAAACAUCUUCACCGAAGACACAAGCGUACGAGCCAUCUGCGGACUCCUGGGAAACAUAUACCCGCUCCAAUGCCUGGGAUGAGGACCCAGAUAUCCAGCGUUACAUCGAGUCUAUCCAACAAGCUCGUCGCGCCAGAACACAGGUGAUCUCUGGAUCUAGCCACCAUCAGUCCUCCAGCAUCAGCACGGACACUAGCCAGCAAACAUUCUCUUCUGCCACUACGGCCACAACCGGGUACCCGCUGGGAGGACACCGACCCAGCAUCAAGUUGACGGACUUCCCCACCGAAGUCGAGCGUCCGAGUCUGCCUGUGACGCCGGCGCCCAUCCAUCGCCAACCAAGGGCUAGCACGGACGAAGACAACGAAGCCUUCGGAGCAACGGGCCUUCCUAUUGCCGAGGGCGUCCCGAACCAGGAGGACUGGAAUCCUCUGGCACGCCUCGAAGAGCUGUGCCGCCGGCAGUCCGAGGUUUUGGAGCAUCCAGCACGUUUAGUUAACCUGCUCUCUGCUCUGGCAAAUGCGCCAUCUUCCCAUCCUGGGCAGGAUACAACUUCUUUCACUUCUGCUAAUGACCGUGAUUCGUAA